GUUGUCGACAACUUAACACACACCAUUAUUCUCUCUCUCUCUCUCUCUCUCUCUCUGUCUCUCUGACAAAGCUGUCCGUGUUUACUUAGGAGGAUCUCUGGGGACUAAAGGGUACCUGAGAGACCUGUCCUGUUUAGGGAGUUUUGGGUGAUUAGUUACAGGGAGUCAGACGCAAUGGCGUCGCUCCUGAUGCGUUUAUUUCGUGUGGGUGCUGAGAAGAAGAAGAUCCAGCAUUAUGAGCACCUGCGCAGGGAUGUGGACCCCCAUCAGACCUGGGAGACACUCGGAGAACUCGGGGAUGGAGCUUUUGGGAAAGUCUAUAAGGUUCAAAACAAUGAAAAUUCUGUGUUAGCAGCAGCUAAAGUUAUAGGUGUUCACAGCGAGGAUCAACUGCAGGAUUACAUCACUGAAAUCAACAUCCUGGCAACCUGUCGUCAUGGCAACAUCAUCUCAUUGCUGGACGCCAUCUACUUCGAUGGGUGGUUAUGGGUCAUCAUUGAGUUUUGUCCUGGUGGAGCGCUGGAUGACAUCAUGCUGGAGCUGGAGCAUGGCCUCUCAGAGCAGCAGAUCAGUGAGGUGUGUUUCCAGACACUACAGGCUCUGCUUUACCUGCAUCAGCAUCACAUCAUCCACAGAGACCUGAAGGCUGGAAACAUUCUGCUUACCAUCGAUGGCCGGAUCAAACUUGCUGACUUUGGAGUGUCUGCAAAAAAUGACAACACCCUCCAGAGACGAUCGACUUUCAUAGGAACGCCGUACUGGAUGGCGCCAGAAGUGAUCAUGUGUGAGACAUCAAAAGAGAAUGCAUACUCAUGUAAAUCUGAUAUCUGGUCUCUGGGCAUCACACUGAUCGAGGCAGCUGAGAUGGAGCCUCCACACCACACUCUGAACCCCAUGAGAGUGCUGCUGAAGAUCACCAAGUCUCCACCACCCACACUGACCAACACUCGAAUAUGGUCAAACCAUUUUCAUGAUUUCCUGAAGAGGGCACUACAGAAAAACCCCGAGUCACGAUGGGGAGCACAGCAACUACUCGCGCACCCAUUCUCAUACACCGGCCGCAACGGACAAACUCUCAAGGAGCUUAUUGCUGAGGCUAAAGCAGAGGUCACUGAGGUCAUAGAGGCAGAGUCUCUCUCAGAUCUGCAUUCCCCUGUGGACGAACCUCCAACCAACACAGAGACACCAGUGAAAGAUGAAAAAGAUGAGCCAGAAAUCCCCCUGACACCCACAUGUGAAGAACCUCCUGAGAUUCCAACUAAUCCUGAACCAAACAAAGCCCCCAAAGUGGCACGUCGGGCAUCUGCUGCCAUAGAUAAGACACAGAAAAGAGCCAGGCGUCUGUCUGUUCCGGGAAACUUCCUGUCUUUCCUGACUCGCCGUAAAUCAGGAGUCUGGAGUGAGGAUAUGAAAAACCUAGAGAAUCAGGAGCAAAAGGAAAGCACUGUUAGCCACUGCAAAGGGGAAUCACAGAAAAGUGCACUAGAGGAAAAAGAGAUGGAAAACGUGGAGAAACCUGAGGAGCCUAAAGAUGGUCCUGAUCAGAGCCCGGAUCAACCUGAUGGAGAAACAGAACAGAAACCAGUGCCAGAGAGUCACAUGGAGUGCAAGGACAAUGAGGCAAACAGUCACAAAGAUGAAGAAAUGCAACAGGAAGAGAAUUUAUCUGAAAAGGAAACACUACAGGAUACGGAGUCCAAGAAUAGUCCAAAUGAUGAUCAAUCUAAAGAUGAGCAAAUGUUCUUCAAAUGUCAUCCUGUACCGGUAGAAAAAGACGAUAAACUUGGAGUAGCUGAUUUGCAAAAUGUUCUGAUCGGCACGCUGAAUCUGGAAACCUUACACUUACACCAGAAACGUGAAAGCAAAGAAAGAAGCUUACAUGAUUAUUUGGAUUUAGCUGGACAUGAGACAGUCUCGUCCACGGUAGAAUUAAUCAGAAAGCCAGUUGUGGAAGUGUGUGCUCCUGCUUCUGUGGGCACAAGCGAGGAACGGAAAGAAGGUGUAAUGCAGGAAGACUCGAGAGAGGAUGGAGAAGGACAAAUUGAAGCUAAAGAUGGAGAGGAGGAAAAGAUAGCUGAAGAUGGAGGAGAUGAUAAAGAGGAGGUAUGUGUUAGGGAAGAAAUAACAGAAGACACAGGGAAGGACCAACAUUCUGAGAAUGCGGAAAAAACUGAGCUAAUAAAUGACUUAACUGGUGAAGAAAGGCAGCAAGCCCAAAAUGAGCAAGAAUCAGAAUGGAAGAAAGAAUCUGAGCAAGAUGAACCAUCUGAAGAAGAACCGAAGAAAGAAGUGCCAGCAGAGAAUGUGUCCAGUCAUGAGAAAAACCCCGAUGAGAUCCAGAGUCUAGAUAAGAACAGAGAUAUGGAUAAGGAUGGAACGACUGACCAAUCCGAUGAACCUAGAAAUCUCACAGAGACUGAUUCUCAGAAGGAGUCACUUCCAAAUGACACUUCAGCAAAGUCAGAGCUUCAGACUGACAGACCAACGUCUAGGGAGACACCGACAGAGGAAGUGAGCUCGGAAAAGACAAAUGGUGUUUCUUUAGACAAUAAGGAUACCAAAAGCUCCAAGCAGGUUAGCUUUGCGCACACGCAAGUGGAAUUAACCGAAAAGUCGCACAGCGUCCUGAACGGCAACUCCAACACAGAAGCAACUCACGCCGAAUCAAACGGUUCACUACAUCAUAAUGACGAGUCACAGAGAACUGAAGCGAAUUUACCCGUGGGCCGAAAAACGGUAAAGAAAACCCGGAGAUUUAUGGUGGACGGGCGCGAGGUGAGCGUCACAACGUCGAAAGUGCUCAGUGAGAGAAAUGAUAAAGAACAGCAGAUGCGCUCAAUCAGGCGGCAGGAGUUGCACGCUCUGAAGCUGCUGCAGCGAGAAGAGCAGCGAGAGUUCGUACAGCUGGAACAGAAACUGCAACAACAGAGAGAGAUGAUGUUUCGGCAUAUUGAACAGGAAAUGAGUAGUAAGAAGCAGUACUACGAUAGUGAACUGCACCGUCUGGAGAAACAGUAUGAACAGCAGAGCCAAAAAAUGGAGACCGAACACACUGCACGUCUCCAAGAGGAUGCACGCCGUCUCAAAUCUCAGCAAGAGAAAGAGCUCCGAGCCCUUAAAAUGGACCCUAAAGAGGAGCAGCGUUUUCAGCAGAAGCAGCAGCAGGAGCUCAAUGAAGCGCUACAGAAAGCCAUACAGGAACACAAGAGGAAAGUGGCUUCUAUGGAGUGGGAUGUCACUGUUAAAUCUCAGCAGCUCAAGAGGGCACGUGAGUCUGUGAUCUGGGAACUGGAACAGCGCCACCUGCAGGAGAAAUAUCAUUUAUUCAAGCAGCAGGUGAAGGAGCAGUACUCUCUACAGAGACAGCAGCUCAGCCGGAGACACAGCAAGGAUGUGGAGCGCGUGUCCCGGUUCCAGCAGGGCCUGACAGAUGAGCAGAAGUCUUCUCAGGCUCAGGAAAGAACGCAAUUCCAAAGGGCCCAACGUGCCGAGCUGAAAAGUCUCAUAAACCGGUUCAGGCAAGAUCUGAGGAAGCAAGGGUUAAGUGGGACGGAACAGAGACAAAAACUCACCCAGUACAUGUCAGAGGAGGAGAACAGGCAGAAGCAGGAGUUUAAGACCCUCCAGGAGAAUCAGGAGCUCCAGUUUAAGGAACUGCAAGAUCAGUGCGACUUCAACAUCAACGAGCUCCACCAGCUCCAGAAUGAGAAACUUCAGGUUCUGGUAGAGAUGGAAAAGAAGAAGAUCAAAAGGCUGGAAGAUGAACACACACUAGAACUGAACGAAUGGAGAGAUAAACUCGCCUGCAGGAAAGAGGCACUGGAAGAAGACCUGGCUCGCAGGAAAAGAGAAUAUGAAGGGACCAGAAGACGAAGCGAAGCAGAAAACCGAUACGCUCGCCGUUCCAGAUUCUUCCCAAACCUCAGUUUUCACUGACCAGCUCAAACUAAACGUACACGUGUUCAUGUGUUCACGUCUUUAUGUGUAUAUAUAUAUACAUUUUAAAUUGACUUGUGGAACUGUGCUUUCUUCUGAUAUGUAUAUAUAUAUAUAUAUAUAUAUACACUGUGCAGUGGGGGUGAGCGAUAUGGUCAGCAUUUAUUAUACAAUAUAUUACAAUAA